UGGCCACUCUUGCUCACGGGCCGCUGGGGUUCGAGCCGCCCCCCGACAAAAAAAACAGGAGGCUGCUCGCCACCGUGGGCUCGGACGCGCCGCCGCGUCGCGGCGCGCCAUGGGGUGCAUCCCGAGUGUAAUUGCCGAGGCGAGGUGCACAAUCGAGCAGGUUCUGCAGAACAGGCGCGCGCAGCCUCUAGCGAGCGUUCUGGAGCGCAAGUGCCCCGAGCACUUCACCAUCCGGCUGCACAAGGGCGUCGGCGACGCGCUCGGUGCGAGCCUCGCGAGCGUGCCGACGGGCGCGGUGGUGUACUGCGUCGAGGAGGGCUACGUCCUCGACAAAUGGAACAAGGAGAACCCCGACGCGGCCGUGCAGCCCGGUUUCGUCAUCGAGCAGGUGAACGGGGUGGGCGGGUAUUGGCCCCUGAUGAAGGAGUUGAGCCGCUCGGGGCCCCUCGAGGUGAGGGUCUCCACGGUGCCCCCGCAGUCGGCGGGCCCCAAAUGGUUUGAGCACGUCGCGACCAUGAGGAGGAAACUCGAGGUGGCCACCGACAAGAGUCCAUUCAUGGUCCGGCUGCCAUCGGAGGCCUCGCAGGACGAGAAGGUGUUAACAUCCUUUCCCAGCGUGGUCGCAUGCGAGGCUGGGAUCGACCAGUGCGCCAUCUGCCUCGAGGGCGUCGGGCCCGACGAGGUACUCACAGAGCUUCCCUGCAAACACAUUUUCCAUCCGCUUUGCGCGGCGCGUUGGCUCGCACAGAGUGGUUCGCGGUGCGUCUCGAAGAGACACACCUGUCCGCUCUGCUGCCGCAAGAUGGUCAACACGCGCGAUGGCGUCGUGGCCGUCGACGCGGAGACGUUUUAAGCAGAGGGGGUGAUCCCAAUCUUCGCGUUCCAGCGCCCACGGGGCUCAUGCACAUCGUUAGCUCCUGUGGUUCGCAAAGCGCUCUUCUAGCAGUGGAGAUCAUCUUCUCUUCGAGCUCGGGCUCGAGCUCGAGCUCCAACACACAACGCUGGGGAUGCUGCGAGCGUGCCCCGUGGGGCGCGGCGGGCAGCCCUGUCGGCAGUGCCCUCGGCGCCCCGCCGAAGACAUCCGCGGCGUCCAUCCCCAGUGUCCAGGUCGGGAGCCUCGAGACGGGGGUCAGUGCAAACGGGGGUCAGCCAGAGCGCCAGGUCUUGCAGGAUCCUGCGAAGGCCCCCUCUGGCUGACCCGGGUCAGGGAGCCGCUCGUGGCCGCGAGGCGGCCGCGCGUAUUGGCUGACCCGGGUUUGCGAAGACCUGCGGUGCAGUUUUUUUGUUUUUGCAUUGCAGUUUUUGGUUUCUUGCUGACCCGGGUCUGGAUGGACCCGGGUCAGAAGAUCCCCGACCAGGGCGAACCCUUCAAGAGUCGCGAGCGCACGCCCGGGGGAAGAAGUAAUCCCGUUCGGGCACCCCUCCCUCUGAUACGGUCGGGGCGCUGAAGAAGGAGCCUAUCUUCGUUGGGGAGGGGCUCGGUGCUCCUUGGCUG